AUGGCGAGUCCAGAGACAGAGGCCUCACAGUUUGAGGAGCCGCUGCAACGGGUCUCCUCAGGUCCCUUUGUUUUUGACCACGACUUCACCAGAGAGAAUGCUGGGUCCCUGGAGGACGCCUACGCGGUUCAGAAGAAGCCCCUGGGCGAGGGAUCCUUCGGCAGCGCCUUCCGGGCCACCUGCAGGUGCCGCCCGCCGUUUCGUCGAGGUCGCUCGGGUUUGGAAGACGUGCAUCGCGGUUCCCCGGCCAUGACGCCCGAGAACGAAGUGCCCCGGUAG